GACCGGGAGGUGGUAGCCACUGCCGCCGCGGCCGCCGUCGCCCGUACCGCCGCCGGGAUCUGCAAUAAGUAUUGAGUAACCAUGGAAGAUUAUAUCAAAAUAGAGAAAAUUGGGGAAGGUACCUACGGAGUUGUGUAUAAGGGGAGACACAAAACUACAGGUCAAAUUGUAGCUAUGAAGAAAAUCCGGCUAGAGAGUGAAGAAGAAGGGGUUCCAAGUACUGCAAUUCGAGAAAUUUCUCUGUUAAAAGAACUCCGUCAUCCCAAUAUAGUAAGUCUUCAAGAUGUGCUUAUGCAGGAUUCCAGAUUAUAUCUCAUCUUUGAGUUCCUUUCCAUGGACCUCAAGAAAUAUUUGGACUCUAUCCCUCCUGGUCAGUUCAUGGAGUCUUCACUCGUCAAGAGUUAUUUGUACCAAAUCCUACAAGGAAUUGUGUUUUGUCACUCUAGAAGAGUUCUGCACCGAGACUUGAAACCACAGAAUCUAUUGAUUGAUGACAAAGGCACAAUUAAACUGGCUGAUUUUGGACUUGCCAGAGCAUUCGGAAUACCUAUUAGAGUAUACACGCAUGAAGUGGUGACUCUCUGGUACAGAUCUCCGGAGGUCCUGUUGGGGUCAGCUCGCUAUUCGACUCCAGUGGACAUUUGGAGUAUUGGCACCAUAUUUGCGGAACUAGCAACCAAGAAACCACUUUUUCAUGGGGAUUCCGAAAUAGAUCAACUCUUCAGGAUUUUCAGAGCUUUGGGUACUCCCAAUAAUGAAGUGUGGCCUGAAGUGGAAUCUUUGCAGGACUAUAAGAACACCUUUCCUAAAUGGAAACCAGGAAGCCUGGCGACCCAUGUAAAAAACCUGGAUGAAAAUGGCUUGGAUUUGCUCUCGAAAAUGUUAGUCUAUGACCCUGCCAAACGCAUUUCUGGGAAAGUGGCACUGAAUCAUCCAUACUUUAAUGAUUUGGACAAGCAGAUUAAGAAGAUGUAGUUUUCCGACAAAAAUGAAGAAAUUUGUGUUUCAAGAACAGAUAAUCCUCCCUGCUCUCACUGUUAACUCUGUUUUGCUUUUUGUGCUUUUCUCCGCUGUAAAACUUAAGCUGUACUUCAUUUUCUGAUUUCUAAAGUGUAACUUAAUGUAAAUAUUGUUCUAUAUGAAUUUAAGUAUAUUCUGUAUAUGUGUGUAGGUCCCAAUAUAACAAUUGUUACUGCAAUAAAAGUGCAGAUCUAGUAUUGACGUCAGGAAUCAAGACACAUGUGAGCUGGCUUCAGUUACCUCAACUCUCAGUAACCCUGUUUUCCUGGAGAUUUCCACGCUGGAAUUAGUGUGUUCACUUUUAUACUGCUCGGAAGUGUUUUUCAGUCCCUGGUGUUUACAUUUUUAUGUCAGCUUCUUGUCACAUAAUUAUAUAUGUUGUCUACAGAUUGCUUUAUUUCUACUGGCAUUUCAAUUCGACCAUUUAGGGUUAAGAUUUCAGAAUGAGAAAAAUGCUCAAAUAUGAUGCUUAGGUUUUGGAGAGUUUUCAGUGAAUUAUAAAACUACCACUAAGGAAUGCCAAAAUUAUGCUAAGUUGUACUGUCAAAGAUCAAGAGCUGUCCAUAUCUGGAAAGAACAAUUUUGAAAAUUUAUAAGCUUUCCUAUUUUUAGUUAGGUUGUAAAGCUAUUUGUCUAUCGCUUCUUGGCCUUUUGGCUCAGAUCAA